CGCCCCUCGCCCCGCCCGUGCGGCUCCCCUCCUCCUCCCGCGGGGGUGUCCCACUUGUGCCGUUUAAUUCCCGGGACCCAAGAUGGAGGCUGCGCCGGGGCCUGGCGGGCUCCUGCUGCUCCUCCUCGCCCUGGGACUGCUCGGCCCCGCGGCUCCGCAGUUUCUCAGCCAGGAGAACAUCAGAGUUAAUGUUACUAUGUUGAAAACCAGUGAGGAAUCUCAAGAAGCACAGGUUGUCUUUAAUAUCACCUACAAUAGUGGACAGAUAUAUGUAAAUGACUUUCCUAUGAAGAGAGGUGUUACCCGGAUUAAGUGUCAAACUUUAAUAUUGGAAACUGGAAACUCUGAUAACCUAUUGGAUCAAAGGCAUUGGGGAAUUGUCAGUGUUCGCAUCCUGUUUCGUGAGUGGCCCUUGGCAUCCAGAUCAAAUUUGCAGUUGAUUGUCAUUCAGGAAGAGGUGACAGAAAUUGAUGGGAGAGAGGUUCAGCAAGAGGAAGUUACUGAAAUAAACAUAUUAAUUAAGGGCCUGAGUGUGCUUAGACAUUCAAACCAUACUGUUCCUCUGAAGGAAAGCAUGCUAUAUUCCAUCCCCCGAGACAAUGACAUGUUAUUUACACUUCCCAGUCUCUCAGGAAAAGAUGUUCAAGGCCCACUGCAACCAACCAGUCACUACCUCCUCAGGCAAGUAGAAACUACAGUAGAUGAAGAGACAUUACCUGGCAAGUUACCAGAGACUCCUCUCAGGACAGAGCCUCCAUCAUCUUAUAAGGUGAUGUGCCAGUGGGUGGAAUACUUGAGAAAAGAGCUGUGAGGGUUCUGGCUUAAAUCUUUUCCUGUGUUCUUUAAGCUGAUGGAAGUCAUUGGGACUGGAGUUGUAGGAGCAGCUCUAGUUUUAGGAAUCUUAAAAGUGCUUUUCCCUUCCUGCGAACACAAAGGAGUCCUGCACCUGGAGGAUAUCAACACUACAGCUGGGCUUGUGAUAAACAUCUCUUCAGCUAUUCCAGAGAAGACAGACAAUUUAGUGGAGAAAUGAUGUACUCAAUAGCAUAUUCGCAUCUGAAUCUUUGUACAAAUCUUCAGCGGACCUGAAAUUUGGCACUUGAACACGUUAUUUGCUUCCUAUUCUGAAAAUAGUAUGUCAACUGAUUUAUGUUUAAAGGGACACUUCAAGGUGGAGGCCCAAAAUGAUCUCCCCUCUUUUCACAGCCUCUUGCUCCCAAGGAACAGCAGCUUCCCAUUAUGAGGGUUGUGACAGGUUUUAACUUCUUUAAAAUACUCUCCCAGCAGCUAGGAUAGGGAGCUGGCCUUUGUAUUCACAGAUAAAGCAGUUAAGUAAUGAAAUACAGAAUGUGAUAAUCUUCAGUCAUCUCAAGCAUGGGCUAAAGGAAUAGAAGGAAAAGAUUAGAUGUGCCUGCAAGUCAAAACAGAGCUGGUCAACCUGCUUUUAGACUUAUUACCCUUGACUGUGCCUUGU